GAAGUAAACGACAAGUCGUGUGCGCGUUCAACCUAAUCCAAUAACUCUCCGCCCUUUUAUUUCUAGCAACGAGAGGAGAAAGGGUUUAAGGUAUCAGAAGAACCCAUCACCGCCACUCUCACCGUUACUCUCUCUCUCGCCCUUCUUCUUGAUCAGUUAUCUAGUUCAGUUUGUGGAAGAAUAUAAAGAGUGAAAAAAAUGCCUCUCUAUGAUUGUAUGCUUCUCUUGAAGCCUCAUAUACAUAAGGAAGCGGUGAUUGAUUUGGUAGCUCGAGUAGGAAAACAUGUUCAAAGUAGAAACGGUGUUCUUACUGAUAUGAAAUCUUUUGGUACCAUUCAGUUGGGUUAUGGUAUUAAGAAGCGUGAAAACAGAUAUUUUCAGGGACAACUGAUGCAAAUGACAAUGAUGGCCACUCCCAACAUCAACAAGGAGCUGCACUACCUAAACAAGGAGGACCGCCUGCUGCGGUGGCUUCUUGUUAAACACCGAGACACAAAAUAUGGGUUGGAUUUUAUGGACGAGAAUGAUGGCAAAGGUGAGCUCAACAAACUUUCACCAUCUAAGUAUUGGGUUGACAUUGCUGGCGAUAAAGACGAAGACGAAGACGAAGACGAAGACGAAGACGAAGACGAAGACGAAAAUGAUGAUGAAUAUGACGUGGAUCAAGAGGAGAAAGAAAGAACGAUGAGUUAAUAAUGGAUUUAGAAAUUUGGAUCUUUUUUAUAAUAUGCGAAGUGGUAAAUUUGGACAAAAUCACAGUUGCCGGAAUGAGCAACUGUAGUUAUGUUCCAGUUUUGAACUUCAUUUCAGAGUUCUGCUUGCAUUUGUGCAGAAAUUAUCUUCAGGUUGAUCAGUCUCAUAAAUCUAAGUGCUUGCAUAAUGUAGUCACAUAUAUAGACAGCAAACAUUCGAUCCACCCAUGUUUUUACUCUGUCUAUGCAGUCAGAUGAUCGGUUCAAAUA